CCACCGCAGACGUCAUGUUUUUAAACACAAUGUGUCAGUAAAUGUUUGGCAUAAAGUAAGAGUAUACGGGGCGAUAUCCAUGCCAAACGGAAAAAAAAUAUGCUGAUUGCGUGGAAGUAAUUUUCCCCGUAAAAAUUGGAAAUUCAGCUGAUGGCAUUGCCAUUGAAUCGAUCGCCGUUUUGACUAUAUGUAAGUACUCUAUUCUUUAAAUCCGUUUGUCAGCAGCUUAAAUAUGAAACAUCAACUCCUCAUGAGCGAAUGAUAUUCUGGCCACGUAGCUGCAAAAAAUAAAGUUUUCGUUCGAUUUCGUGCUUCUUUUAUCAAAACAAUAAUUUCCCAUUAGUUACGAAAUACUAAAAGCUGUAUAUAGCUGUUGUCGUCCUCGAUGUAAACUAUAAUUUCAAUUCUAAUCUUAAAUCGACUCUGAGCACCCUGAGGCAAAAUGAAAAUAGUUAUCAAUAAUGAACCCCCCGAGCAGAUAUUUCUAUAAUAUUUGAAUGCAAUUGUACGGUGUUUAUUUGUGGAAGGAGAAAAAGCUGUAUUUAAGUGCGAUACAACUGCGAUCAAAUUAUGUGCCAUCUUUCGUGCGCUAGCUGUGAAGCAUUAAAACAAGCAAAGCCAAUAUUGGGCAAUUUUAAAGGAUUUUGUAAGCAAUUAGCAAAUAGUCGUCUAACCCUAUAUUGGUCAGAGAGUUCUAUUCUUUUUCAACAUAAUAGCGGCCAAAAUAUUGCGAGUCUUUUUGUCAAUUAUUUGAAGUUCAAAAGGUUAGUAUUCUGACCAAUCAGCUGUAGAAACGUCUUGACUAGCAGCCAGUCAUAGCACACGUUAGGAAGACUGUAAAAGAUUACCAUUUGAUAAUUAGAGGGUCAAUGACAGGACUAUGUCGCGAUGACGAGGAUUAUCGCAAAUCCUUUGCGUUUUUCACUCAUAAAGAAUAACUUGUACAACUCUUCGAAAUCGCAGCUUCAGUAAUUGGAUGAUGUAUUAUUUAAUCAUGCAACUAAAACAUAAAAAAAUUCUGGAUUUCCAAUUAGAAAUGAAAUGUUUGCUCGGCAGAGUUCAAGUUUUGGUCCACCUCCAAAACAUACCUUCAAAUAGAUAGAUACUUGAGCAUUUUUCAAUCAUGGGUCGAAAGUAAUCGAAGAUCGCAUUGGUUUUGCGACACCACGCUUUGUGAUUGGUCUAGAACAUUCACGCCGGUUGCUCUCAACCAAUCAAACGCAAAACUUAAACAAAUUGCGACUUGUUCACUCGCGUUUUCCUGCGCUUUAGACAGUUUGCUUUUUCUUACUUAAUUUGCAUUCUCAUUGGCUCGUUGUGGUAUAUUCUUUUGCCCUGAUUGGCUGUAGCUUCGGUUUUACGACACUCAAUCGAAAUGCGCUCUCUGCUGGGAUCUUCCUUACUAGGAGGUCAUUACACCAUUCGUAAAUUAGGAUAGUAAUAUCAAAAAGAUGUAACCGUUUCCAGACCAAAAAGGCAGCAUAUUCCUAUGAACCUUAUAGAAAAGAACUCAAAGGAGAAAACAUAACAGAUUGAGAAAUGAAGUUUGUAGAAUGGAAUAUGUGUCAAAUUACUUUUCCAGUUUUUCUCUAAUUUUAAAUUCUCAGGAAGAAAUUCGCUUAAAUAUGGAGAUUACAAAUAGAAAACUGAGAGACGAAGAGGUAUUCUAGCCAGAAUUUAGCCAGAAAAGAGUGGAUGUAUGGUGAAUAAGGGAAAAAAAAUCAGCAGAAAGGGGAACGCAUAAACAUCCUUGACCGCCUAAGGGCUUAAUUUGGGAAUUUUCGUCUCAUACCAGUUAACUGAUUAUUUUCCUCUUAAUUUAAGAUUUAUAGUAACUUUCGGACUUGUUCAAAUUUUAAAGACUGCCUUUGUUCCUAUAUCUUACUCCUCUCAUCUCAAAUUACUCUAGAAGUGAACUUUUCGGAUCCGUUAAAAUCUCUCAGAUCUAGUAUAAAAUCCAAACUGGCUACGCAAAUACCUGCCAAACAAGAUAUCUAGCCUUAUCGCUGACGCCCACGUUUCGGUGAAAUUGCUUUGAUGCGAGCAGUCUUCCAAACCAAGUAGUCUACUUUUUUGAUAACUUAAUGGUCAUAGAGUUAUUCGCACUCAGCCCACGCAUGAAAAAUUAUACGUUGACAAUCAAAUAUUUCUGGGAUCCUUUUAAACCAGUAAAACUGAAUGUUUUUCGAUAUUUCACGCCUCCCUUAAAUUCUUCUGGGAAUUCUGGCAGCGUGAGAGGGUACGUUUGGUGAUUAACGUAGGGGAAGUCUCGGAAAAUGAUUCAAAUUAAUCUUUGCAUUUGACAAGUGUAGACAUGUUACGUACGGAAAAAGGAAGAAAAUUCCGUCAGCCAACGAACAUCUCGAAACAGGAAAGCAAUUUACCCAGCUAAAAAAAUUUCAAAACAGAUAAAGAAUUGUUUUAUUUUAUUUUCUCCUUUAGAAUUUUAGGAUAACGUUAAUAAUUAAUGCUAUCAAAUAUGUGUGGUAAUUAAAACGAUUCUGGUUUGCACACAAUCAUGAAUCAAUUCAUACAAGUUUUAUGGCCGAGUAUAGGUUUCCUUAACCACAACAUGGUAUAUUCAGAGCGCUCACAAACCAAUGCCCCUCUUUGCAGCCGAAAGAAGUUCACAUUUUUGUUGACCAAAUGAUUGGAGUUUGACUCAGUGGACCUCGCAAAGCUGUCUUCGAUCAACAUGCUAAUGUUACGACCAAUGGGCCCUGCAAUGAGCAAUUACCCUGGCCUGUUCUACAGUUUGUUACCAUGGCAUAUUUUGCGUGUUCCAUUGCCCUAAUACGGUAAAGUGACGUAACUGUGGAAUAACAAAUUCGAUUAAUAGUCCUCAUUUCUGUUUAUGGUAAACAAAUUUCCAAAAUUUUUCAAGAUUUCGUGCUCAAUUUUAUCGAUGAGUUUCCACCACUCUGACAAUCAGGAUUGUUUCUUUUCAUCACACGCUUCUUCAAAGUUAAGUCCAAAAUGAUCCCACAGAAUUUUUUCAAAUUUUCUUUACCUGAAAUAUAACAUCUAAGUUAUAUUGUAGAUGACGUUUUUGACAUUCAGACGAUUUAAGUCUGGUAAAAAGUGCCAGACUACUCCUCUCCUUGAGUUUUUAUUCUAUUGAGCUCAAGGGUAUAAAGUUGACAGCUGUUGCCUUCCAUUUUGCUUCUCUACUUAAAAUAGCGCCUGUAAAAAACCACGUGAAAAUUGAACAAAAAAGAAAAGAUAUGAUGUAAUUAUUGAAUUCAAUACUUGAGGGAAAUUCGUUCGACUGUGAGGAGGGAAAAUUGGUGUUUGAAAAUAGUGAAUACGACCUGUCGAGCCACCUUAAACAGGUGGAGUUCUGAGACUUGUAGGUGGAUGUUUUUCGAGUCAUUAAGAUUCUGUUGUUUUCUGCGGUCGGGCCAGGAUGUCGAUAUUGUCAUUAGUCACACAUUCACGUCAGUCGAUAUCAAGGUUUGGGUCGCUAAUGGAUUUCAAUUUAAAUGUUUUUCAUUUGGAUGUAUAUCAACUUCGAAGAAGACAAAAAAUGCCGUUUUUCGGCUCAACGGCUGUAUUAGUCUUUCUGAAUAACCGUUCAAAUAAGUUGCCAUGGAAUUGGAUGACUUUAAGACUAUGACAGGCAUUCCGCAGAGUGACACUUUGACUGUGGGAAAUGAAAAAUAGCUCUUUCUAUCUUAAAAAACUUUGUAGUAAAUCAACCCUUAAGUACAAGUAUAUUUUGACGAGUGUUGCCUUUUAACUCCGCAAUUAGCUUGCGAGUAGCUCCCUCUCUGAGACAAGACCCCACGCUGAUGUGAACAGGGUCAGGAACAUACCGUUGUCCAGCGUUUCAGCUUUUAUGAACGUUGAGGCAGUCAGACAUCUUUCUUAGUUCAGGAGCUGUAAGAAAUUACAAACAACCACACAAGCCAGUAAGUCAUGGUGUUUUGAAAACGGAUAACUACUUUGGGAAAGCUCAAUAUCCGUUUUCGUUUGGGUUUGAAAUGAGCCUCGUGCUCGAAAUUUCUUUAGAUUUCUGUCGUCUAAUUUUAUGUCUUUGUUCAGAUUUCUAUCUAUAGGUAAAUUUUUUUAUUUUAGAAAAUUUUAUAUGACACUGCGUGUUUCUUCUAUAUUUUCCUUCAAUAUUUUGCGUGUGAAAUUCGCGCACGCUUCGCAAAACCCGACCACUUGCGAAUGCCCGUCGUUUUACCGUUGUUUUGGUGAGAGAAAGCUUUCAGGAAACUCAAAAUGGAUUUUCUCUCUUAAAAUAGAUUCCAUUUCACCGUGUGCAGUAAUGGAUCACAAAUGACGUGAAAAUGUGAUAAAAAACAAAAAAGUGGCGCAAGAGGGGCCGCCAAGUGUGUCACUGAUGUUCUCAGUUACCAUAUUUUGACGCCUUCCAUGAUCCGUUAGUGAACAGAUGCACGGCAUGGAACAUGGAAUCUAUUUUACAUUGUUUACGAAUAGUGCAUUGCCUUCUCCUCGAAUUUGCAUUCCAAUACCAAUUUAGCCUUCGGAAUCACCUUGAUUUAUUCACGCUUUCAAGGUCAACUGGUAUCAUCUGAGUGGAUAGACGCAUGAUUAUAUCGUGGAGUUCUUUGUCUAAUUUCACAACGCUAAACCCCGAACGAUUCCCAAAUUCGGAUUGCUCCAUCUGCUGGCCAAGGACCUUAAGCAGCCCCAGCGACGGUAGCGAGAACGUGGCGAAAUAAAAGAUUUAAUUAGCAGUACACUUCUUAGCCGUCCGUGACAUGCAACAGCGCGAUAUAUCACAAACGUCCGUGUUCUGAGUAAGUGGUCGAACCCCUAUGGCGAGUUAUUUUUACGUUUUUAUUGGGAACUCAACACUUAGCCUACCAAUGUUGGGCUACAGUUGAGGUCUGGUGCUGGUAGAGAAGGUAAACACAACUAGCCGAUCACGAAAUUCUUAUUCCUUUCUCUUCCAAGAUCAUGUUUUAUAAAUAAUUCUCCUUACUGUCUGUCAUACAAUUCUUAUGAUAUUAGUUUGGAGAAUUUGGUAUUGGAUCAACUUAUAAUCCCCAUAAAGAUGUUUUUGUUUAUUCUCAUCACUUGUCUCCUUGAUAUUACACUGAUAUUUUAAGGAGAAUUUAGUCACUCUUAGAAAUUGAAGUGUUAAGACUGUUUUUCCGCCCAGCGACGGAGUCGAAGUCGUAGGGGCCCUUCCGACGGAAUGAAAAUCGAAAAUCAAAGUCGUAAGUCGAGCCUUGAGCUCGACAGAAUCGGAGUCGGAAAAAUUGAAAGGUUGCAAAUCCUUCCGAUUCCGCUUAUGACUUCGAUGCUUAAAACUUGAAAGCUAGUGAAAGCUAGAUUGUUUGAGAUGCCAGAAGAAGCGCAUGAAACAAUCAAUCACAAUGCCAUUUCUCGGGCUCCUGACUUCAACAAUCUAGUUUCCACCUGGACGCAGGUGAUGGAGUCACAACUGAAUGGUUUGGUUGUUACGCGAUCGUAUCGCCUUUACGAUUUCUUUGUGGUAAAAUGAUUCAGAGGAUGACAUGUUCGAAUCGUAGCCGUUGACUUUGAUUUUGGCCCCAUUGCAUGCGUGGGAAAAAAAUUAAUCGACUAUUCAAACUUUACAGUACAUCGCUUCACGGGUUUACUUGGGACCAACACAAUGACUGGCUCUCAGUUGGCUUGUUAGCUCAGUUGGUAGCAUAGAACACUGCAUCGGUAACGCAGAGGUUAUGGCUUAAAUUCCGUACAGGCCUGAAUUUUUUUCAGGCCUUAUUUUCACUACUGCUUAAGUAGUGUUUUUUAUCACAGCACACUUCAAUUGAAAUACUGUACUUCGAUAUUUUUUUUCUAUCGAUCACUGAGAUAAGCAAUGCUUAUGAUGAAUAAAUGAUAGAAAGUUUAUAGAGGCAUUCAAAAAUUCAGCCUUAGAGCUGAAUUAGUUAAAACUCAUUCAAAAGUAAGACAAAGCUCGAAUGUGAUCCGCGAGAAACAAACAAAAAAAAAAUAAUAUCAGGUCCAUAAAAUUGUUGUAAAAAGCCCAUCCUUUGCAAAUAGGAACAUGGCUUGUUUUCAACUAAUUUCAGAUUAAAACCAGUACAUUUGUUUAACUCUGGUACAAACCUUUAUAAUUCAUAAUUAGGAAUAUCACUUAUGCUACCAUAACACAUUUUGACCGUUUUAGCUUGUCUCUGAUGAAAAGCUGCUCGAUUGCCUCGCGAUAAGUGACAUACGUGAACGGAAAGAUUUUCUCAAGCGAAUUGAUACUCAGAGAUGGAGAAAAGCAACACAAUUGCUAUCGUUUGGUUGAGGCUUUGCCUCGACCAAUUAGCGACGGGGUCGUUGAAAGUGUAGAACGAGUAUUCCGAGAUAGUUACAGGCUAAAAAUUGGCGCUUAGGCUGAUUCUGCUAAUUCAGUUUACAGAUGGUUAGAAAAUUAUAUACAAAAAAGAGCGGAAAUUAUAUUUAAAAAGACCUCGAUAUGAGACUAUCCGCUCCACAGAAGACUUGCUUUUAUGAGAAAAUUUUUUCCUUCUGUAACAGUGAAACAUUGAAAAGCACCUGAUCUGCAUGCAAAGUGAAAAGAUGUUUGCUAGUCCUGAAAAAGAUAAAAUAUUAUAAAGAGAGGACCAUGUCAAUAAUGAAUGUUGUCUGAAGAGUUACCGGUUUGUUUAAAAAUUGCUCACGCCUAAUUAAUCGCCAGCCAAGAAAGCUUAAGGUACUUGUGCAUAAUACAUCCAUUUAUUUUCAAAUGGCGAUCACCAAAGAUGCGCAGACCGCGAGACGCGAAAACACGAAAAAGUCCAUAAAAAUAGACAUUACUGCCGUGUCAUUGGCUGAAGGCGGCUUUGUUGACAAAUAGGGGCUCUUUUUCCGUUACUCCUAUCAACUGAUGCCGUCCUGUUGUCAGCUAUUUGCAUAUUUGUAUUAUGUUGUUAGUGAAAGCUUUCAAGUAACUUGGAGAACCUGUGCAUUGCUUGAAGGCCAAACAAACCUUCCCAAAACCCAUUAAGAGAUUUCAGCGCCGCGAUUGUCUACAUCUGCUACCAGAUUCUGCUGAUUUUACAAGACGAAGAUCAAAUUUCGCCGAAAGAAGAAAAAAAUCGUUUUUCUUGUAGACCCUAAAGAAGGUAAGCAAAAUUCAUUUGCUUUACAUCAGCCAACGAAAACAAAAAUUUAUUUGUUCUCUUCUUGAAUUCCCAAGUGUACAAAAAACUUCGAUAUGAAAAUAACGUCUGCUGUUUUAUGGCAACAACAAAUCCAAAAUAAUUUCCUACAAGGAAUAAUUUUUUAAGAAAAAUGCAGGAGUGAGGUAGGGUCGAAACGGGGAAACAAUUAAGGUGUUUCUUGAAAGUAACACACGCAGAUUCGUCACAUAAACACAAACGAUUUGAAACAUAAUUUUUAUUUCUGCAAGUGAAGUCGACGGCUGACUUCAUUGUUACUAUUUUUUUCAUUCCACUUCUGGCAUAAAAUGGUCACAGUGUAAAUUUGUAUGUUUUCGCGUGGACUUCACAGCUCAAUCGCUCGUUUGACCGACAAAUGACGGCCGUGUUUUCAGUUAAAACUUUACUUCAUGCGAUUACGUACAACUUGGCUAAUAUACAGAAUAAUUCCUUAAUUGCUUGAGUAUGGAACACCGUGCUAAAACUUAGUCCAGAUAAUAUAAAAUAUCUCCCGUGAGGAGACUCUAAAAUGAUGAAUCCUCGACCUCUAUUGGCGUCCGAAACGAGCGGUUAGUAUAACAACAGCGAAAAGUACUGGAGCUCCCUCGGCGGGAAAGAAAAUUGAGAAAAAUUACAAUAUUCCUACUAAAACUAAUAAACUAUUUUGCAUUUUAAAUCUGUGGGCUUUACGAGGUAACAAUGAUUAUUAUCAUAAAGAAGGUCUUCGAUCAAACACAGCUUUGAAAUAGUGCUUGUUUUCCAAGCGAUAAACACUCUAUUUAGCGAGAUUUUUCGGCUCAAGUUGAUCAUCCAAUGCACCAUGAAACUCAAAUUGAAUAUUCCAAUUUUCCUUUCCCUGGUUUGUUGGGCUAUUGAGCCGUGUGGGAUAAUUUCUCGUUGACAGGUGUACAUACAUUAAAAUUACCUUCAAAAUAAGACGCUUUUUUCGACUCAAAAAAACUAAAAUCCAAGAGGGCGUUUGUCAAAUAACCUGCGUGUAAGCAGAGAGAAGCAUUCACGACAUUUCGAAUUACGAGAUAGUCUGUGCGAGUGUUUUUGCUAAAUCCGUCUCACACUCGCAGCGCGAUUCCGAAAAAAAUAUCUCUAUAUACAGAAACUAUCAGGCAGGUGAUUUAUCUGUUCGUAUACACACCGACCCCAUCGUUAAAAAAACUAUUAGAUGGAGUUUAUCUUCAUUUCUAACAAAGGGCUAUUUAUGACAAAGAAACACCAAACACAAAGGAAAAUUGUUGUUUGAAAAUUUACUACUUCAGAGGUUAUCUAUCUUUUUGCAACCUCGGUGUUUAUGCAAAAGGAAAAAAAUUUACAUUUGAAAACUGAUGUUCCUUUUGGGUUUUGACAUUCUCAAUCUUCUGUUUUAAGUUACUGUGUCACAAAGGGCGAUGAAGGAAGGUUUGAAAAAGAAGGAUUGGGAAAUGCGUGGCGUUUCACGGUUUUCUUUUUGUGUCAGUAAUCCAUGAAUCAAAAUUGAUUUCUGCUGUUCUUAUGCAAUUAUUAUAAUCUGUAACAUUGGAGACGGCUGGGGUAGAGAUGAAUUUUAUUAAUGUUUGUUUUUAUUUCAGCAUAUUGUGUUCAGCAGAUCAUUAUUCAAAGUGACUUAUUAAGCCCUUGCCGACAUGAAAACAAUUUUCUUUCGAAUAUUUUAGAAGCCUACAUCUAACAACAACAAAACAUUUUACUUUCCUCUUUUACUGAAUUGAGAAAUAUUCACGCAAAUUUUCUGUUCCAAAUAGAUCCUGGCACAGGUAAUCGUACGUUCCCACUCCCCUCCGCCCCCCUCCCCUCUUUCCUCGAAAAGUUUGACGAACAUGUUAGUCAAAGCAGUUCAUUGUCUUAGGAUAUCAGCUGCAACAAAUCGCAUUAUUGCAUGCCGAUGUUCUCAAUUUUAUUAUGAACCAGUUCGUUUUACAUGAUUUGAUAUAAAUUUGGGUGAGUGGUCCAAAGUUUUGAGGAAAAAUGUUUGAACCACAAACGAUUAAGAUGACCAAAGUUCUUUACGAAAAAAAACCCCAAGUUUUUCGUCGAAUUUUACGAAAAGUUUCAAAAUUUGUUUCUGUUUUGUUCUCUUUUGUUUGGUUUGGAUUCUUGAUCAUUUUAAUUCUUUUUUGCCUAUUCUUCACUUUGAGUAAAACUAAGAGAAUAUUGGUAUUCUCUUGGUAAAACUGUCUUACGAUAUUCUAUCACGAAAACCCGAAAAAUCGAAAAACCGCAAAAAUCGAAAAACCAAAAUAUGGUUGGGUAGAAAAAAAGUCAAGUCCUGAGAAGCAAAGUUACUGAAACCUUAUUAAAAUCUAAGUUUCCAAAGCUUUUACGAAUUGCCAGAGUGACGCAGGCACUAUGACAGAUUUGAAUUAAAAAGCGUUGAAGUCUCGGUUGCGUGUUUCUUUGGCGCAAUUACAGCGGCAGGAUUCCUGUUCUCAAAGAAAAAAAGAAAAAAAAAAAAGGUUCAGUCGAGACGUCUCGCUCAGACCGUCCGCCACCCCUAUUAAGAUGCGUGGUAUUAUUUCGAGUUAACAUGCAACUUUCGUCGGCUGUUGCCGAUAAGAUAAGAUAAGCGAGUUAUAAAGUUACUCUCACCUUUUUUUUCCUCGGCUGGAAUUUAAUGAAUUACGUGAUUGAUCGAUUGUAUACUAAAAAAGACACUUCCUCUUUCGACCUGAUAGUGAUAUUUUCAAAUCGUUUUAUCAAUUAAUCAUGCAACUGUAAAAGUUAAAAUUAUUUUAUCAGUCUAGCCGGCGAACGAAUACAUCUGCUUUCAAGACUUACGUAUACAAAAAAAAUGCGUUUCAUGAUUAAAUGUUUAAUUAUACAAUCGCUUUGUAUCUCGAAAGGUUUUUCGCUGGAAAACAACAUUUGGGACUGAAAGGAAACAUUAACGAGUUGCGUAUAGGAUGGCUUUGACAGAUUUUACAAUUUUUUGAAAGGCUACACUUUAAAGAAAUUUGGACGCGUUUCCCCUAAAUAAACAUAGAUUUUGAAAAUCAUCGAUUAGGCCCCGCAGAAACUGACCAGCGGUCAAUCAGCGAAAUACAUGCCAGUUUCUGUGAAAAUUUUGCUCUCACACGUCGCUAACACAUUUCGGCCGUCGAAUGAAUUACAAGAACAAGACAAGCAAAGAAUUAGGGGAGUCAUUUUACAGCAAAAGUUGAUGGGAAAAAGCGGUGCUUUUAUCUUUAAAAACAGAGACAAUUAUACAGAUUUCCUUAGUUCCAAAUUGCCACAUUUUGAAAAGUAUAGGAAAAAGCAAUUAGUUUUGACAUUUCUUUCAAAGCAUUCUCUUUAACUCAAACGAGUAUUUUUAUUUAAGGAAAAACAAACACCGAGCAUUUUGGUACAUUAACUGCGCAAUGGGAAAAUUUUUUUCCCAUACGAAUUCCUGUUGGCGUUCACUUAUACUAUUCCAGUCAGAUUUUCUGUUGCCAUUGCUGUUUGCAGAUUUUUUGAAGACUUUUAACCUUUCGUUGAACAUAAACAGGAGAAAAGGGCAGCGUUGAACUAAGUGAUAUUUAAUCUUGGUCUAUGAUGGAAGUUCUUUGCUUUCGUAAUCAAAAUAGCCUUCUUAAUUGGAAAUGACAAAGGUUAUUUAUAUCAAUUUCGGCAUCGGAGCAAGAAUAACAACAAACGAAUUGUUAUAGUAGAAAAUAUAUUGAAGAACUCACGCAGUUGUUUUGGAAAUUACAACAAAAGUGAAAUUCAGUCUUUGUGACAAAGAAUUCAAAUCUGAACGUUAAACCAGGCGAAAUUUCUUACAAAAUUGUAGUUCUUCACGCAGCUCAAGAUCACUCGCAUAAUUUCCUUGACAGCCAUAUUAAUUGCGUCAACGAAUAUCCGGUCUUUGCCUUUUGAAAUGAUUUUUCUUUUACUGGGAAAAUGUGAUUGGGUAGAGCGUUAAACGUUCUGAAAUGUUCUGUCUUACAGAACAGUGGCAAAUAAACAAGAUGGAAAAUACGAGUGCAUUCUGUCUUCUAAAGCAAACACGUCUUGCGGGAUCCUUCGUAUAAUUACGUCACUUUUGUCUUUAUUGAGUACAUACCUUUGUUUUUGCAUAUUAAACAUAAUAAUAUCGGCAACACGAACGAAGCGCCGAAUUCAUUUGAACUGAAGACAGACCGCAGUGCGUGACUGAAAUCCGCUCCUAGUUUUAAUCAAAAUUUUGCUCUACUCACGGCACGUUCAAGCUGAGGUAUUUAUAUAUAGGGGUGUUAUCUCCUGGCCGCUUAUGCUUGAUGAUACCAAUUUUCUUUCAAAACACAACAACUGAUGCAGUUUGACAAGCGGACGCUAUAGCACAAAACUUCUGUCGAUAAUUCACUCCAGGCUUCGGCGACGGCUUUCUGUGUCUUCCUCGUCGAAGCAGAACUUUCAUUUCAAAUUUAAUUUUCCUUUGGUUUUAUGGACAGGAAAUUUAAAGAAGUAAUCCCUGAAGCUGUGCCGUCUUGUCAAUUAAGUAAUGCAUCUAUGUAUUGAAGGCUAUAAACAAAACUGGUCUGAAAAAAACCCGGCCAUCCUAGUUUCAUCAUACAUGCAAGGGCAGGCGGUAGAAAUCAGUUAUUAGCAUAUUCUUUGAAAAACGCGACAAACUUUUAUGGAGAUUUUCCGACUCGAUUUAAUCUCAAUUUUUGGUUUCAAUUUAAAUUCGAAAGAAGAUGAUAGGGUCGCCCACAAUGGUUCGCGCUAAGAUCGGAAGGAAGAAUGUCUCUUGGGCCGGUCGUAUUGCGAGAUAAAUGCGAUAACAAACUGUAUUCGAACAAGAUUGUGCAAGAUAUAAAGAUUUAUGUUUACAUGCAAGCCGUUUUUUUAGCCUCUUAUGAUCAAUAGACAACUUAGACACAACGUUGACUUGGGCUAACAUCAGUUUGAUUAUUUUGUAUUGACAGAUUACACCCGCUAGAAAUGUACACAAUCCCAGAUGUUUAGAAGUAUCUGUAUACUACUACACACAAUAUUAGGCUUGUCGUGAAUUCUGGAUAACAAGGCAUCGAGCAACCCUCAACAUUUCUGCAAACUGCAGACGUACAAGACAACGAUCUCGUUGGCAGCAUUCACAUGCUUAAAUAUGUGCUUAUCUGCCGUUUUACUGGUCUUCGUCGUCGUGAUAACUAUAAUAUGCAUUCGAUAUUACCAAAACAAGCACGAAUUUAAACCUUGUCUAUAUUACAAGAAGUCGCGAAUAAGUGUGGUCAUUAAGAAAGGAUGCAAACGGUUGAAUGAAGACUAUAAGCCGACAUUCUGGGCCAGAAAUGGUCACCUUCAGACUUUACUCCCCUGGGUUUGGCCUUGUUGGCAGGAGGAACUUGAGUUUAGGCGUGAAUAUUUACAAAUGGCUGACAAAGGAGUCAUCGCGUUGGACUGGAUGGAAGUAGAUGAGACAGCAAUGAAAAAAGUGAGUCCGGUGAUGCUUCUUAUUCCUGACCUGACCGGUGCUGCCGCCAAUAUGGCUGCGGUCUGCACCGAGGUUCUGGCGCGAAACUUUCGCCCGGUGGUCUUCAACAGACGGGGUCACUGUAGUACCGCAUUAUCGACAUAUCGCUUGCAAAGCUUUGGGGACGCACGUGAUUUGGAAGAAGCUAUUCAAUUUAUACAUCAUAUGUAUCCUUAUUCGGAAAUCUUUGCAAUUGGUUUUUCUACAGGUUCAGGACUGCUUAUGUCAUACCUCGGAGAGGUGGGCAAUGCAUCGCAAUUGAAUGCUGCAGUUUGUAUUUCACCUUGUUACGAUGCCGAAGGGCUGUUUAAAUCUAACAAUGUUCCCGAGCCGUAUAACUGGCUUUGGACGUUCAAACUCAAAUGUGUUCUUCGCCAACAUCCUUGCUUAGGAAAUGUGAUAAACUAUAACCUUGCACUUCAGAGUUCAAGCAUAAAAGAGCUGGAUGAGCGGGUGUAUGUCAAAUUAAACCAGUACAAUUCCUUGGCCGAGUAUUGGAAAUAUAACGAUCCUAUGCGUAGUAUCACCAACAUUCACAUACCAGUACUCUGCAUUAGUGCUCUCGAUGAUCCAAUUUGUACAAAAGAUACAAUUCCGUUUAGCCUUUUCAAGACUUCUUCUAAUUUAUUUCUGGUGACUACUGAGAAAGGAGGCCAUUGUGGAUUCCUAGAGAAUGGUCUGCCUACUUCAUGGGCAAAUAAACUCGCUUGUGAUUAUCUUGAGACGGUGUAUCAUCAAGGGAUACCGAAACAGCCGGAAGAGAAUCAUAUUCAUUUCUUUCCAGAAUUCAAUGGUACAAGAAACAGAAGUUAUACAACGUAAGAG